AUGAUUUUAUUUUUAAAAUUGCUUUAUUCUCAUAUACAAAUUAAGGUUGGAGAGAUUUCUAAUGCUAAUUCUCGUCAAAAUAUUCGUAAACUUGUAAAAGAUGGUUUUAUUAUCAGAAAACCACAAAUAAUUCAUUCUCGAUUCAGAGUUAGAGAAAAAUUAGAAGCUAAACGUAAAGGUCGUCAUACCGGACCUGGUAAAAGAAAAGGUACAUCAAAUGCUCGUAUGCCAACCGAAGUAUUAUGGAUGAGAAGGCAAAGAGUGUUGAGAAGAUUGUUAAGAAAAUAUAGGGAAGCUAAGAAAAUUGAUAAACAUUUAUACCAUCAAUUGUACAUGAAAUCAAAGGGUAAUGUAUUCAAAAAUAAACGUGUAUUGAUGGAAUAUAUUCAUAAGGCUAAAGCUGAGAAAGCUCGUACCAAAACAUUAGCUGAUCAAGCUGAAGCUCAUCGUCAAAAAGCCAAAGCUGCUAGAGAACGUCGUGUUAUACGCCAAGCCAAAAAGAAAGCAGAUUUACUUGGUUUAAAUACUGAAGAGGAAGAAGAAGAUCAAACCACUACACAAAAAUAA